UCCUUUCCUUCAUGAUCUAUAUAUGUACCCCAAGCUCAGUGCUUUACAUUCUUCAUUAGCACUUCUCUUGAUUUCUUACUCUAUGGACUACAAGCUCCGAGAACGAAGGAUAUGGGACUGCGACAGCGCUCUCUACGACUCCUUCGAGCUCAUCUCCUUCAAACGUCAGCUUGACUCCGCACUGAUCGCCAGCUCAAGAUGCCUCUCCCUGCCACGGUUAUCAGAUCCAGAUCUGAACCAGAUAUCUCAAGCUCCUAAGAAGGAGAAGAAGAGGUCUAAAGUUGGGAGAUUGAUCAGGUCACUGUUCAGAUUGAGUGGUAAGAAUUCCGACAGAGUGCUAAACGUUGAGGAUUCAAAGUCAACGAAUUGUGAUGGAGUUAAUCUCCCUACUAUACCGGAAGAGUACUCAGCUGCUGGGGUUGACUUGCUGGAGUUUGACUUGAGCUCUGCCGUGAGGAAGACCAUCUCGGAGCGGUUCCCAAGAAAUGCCGAACGGUGGUGAAGGAGGGGUAGACUGCGUAAGGCUCAAUGCGCUCGCGCAUCUCUGAAGUUUAGGUAUUCUUGUUCCCAGAUUUGUGCUUUGUACAUAUACAUUUACGUGCUCUGUUGUCCUCCCAAUGGAAUCAAAUGUUGCUUCAUUGCUCAUCAUGCAUGGAAAUUGUACUGGAAGGAGAUGAAAUGAAAUGAAUCAAGAAAGAGUCUCGGUUAGGGGCUGUUUGGUUCUUUUCUUUUAAAAUACGGUAGAAAGUAAGGGAAAAAGUACAUCCAUUGUUGGUCCUGGAU